AUGUUCUCCGUCGUGGUCCCAGGCCGCCCGUGCCUAACAGAUAUCAUCGCAAUAGACAGCCAACCGAACGGGCAAGCAACCAAAUUCGCCUUCACAAUCCCACUCAGCGCAUCUCUCAGCGAUAUAGUCGUCUUCUUCCUACCAGGAACAACCCUCCCACCAAACACCGGCGCCGCAAUCUACGCCCAACUCCCAGACCCGAACACCGGCCACCCCUCCGACUUCCGCUUCAUCGGCGCAUUAGCAAACGAAAAGCCCUCAGGCAUCUUCACCGUACGCCCACCGGGGGGUGCAGUGCACCGCUCAGAAGCCGAGGAAGAAGACGACAUGCUCGACGAGGGCGGCACCAGCAGCAAUGCUGCAACGGGCGUCCUGACACUGGGAAUUUCGAUCGAAGAAGCGCAGAAUAUCGCGCCGCAGCUUGCUGCUCUGGAAGCGGAGCGCCCCUCGGGUCAGACGUCAAUGGCGCUGGUUCCGCAGGCUGCGAGCCAGAGACAGGUCUCGACGAAGGUGCUGGCGCAGCGCAUUAUAGGAAACGCGUUUAAUUUCCUCGCGAGCUUUGCGGAAAAUGACAAGGGACAGGAUGUUGUGCCGCUGAAGAGCUUCCAUAAUUGGUGGGCGAAGUUUGAGCGUCGCAUUGAGGCUGAUCCUACGUUUUUGGAGCGCGAGGAUCCUAAUGCUAAUUAA